GAGAACUGUUGGGCAACCCUUUAUGAAGAUCGGACAUCUCUGCCAAGCUGGGACAUCAUUGUGGACAGCUGUGAGAAUCGCGAUGACGGCUAUGCCACAGUUUUCCAUCCCGUUGUGAGUGACUCCAGAGUUUUAGUCCCGUCCCACAUCAAGCGCUUCUCUGUAAAGAUGUUCACUUUCACUAAAGAUGACGAGGUUCUGAAAGACAAGAUCUAUGUCCACUGUGAUGCAGUGAUUUGUGACGCAAGCAGCCAGGCAGAUGGUUCCUGCAGAGGCCAGUGUGUGCAUCCUCCAGGUCAGAGCUACUCAAGACCUGCAGGUGUAAAAAGGAAGAGAAGAAGCACCGACUCAACACGCCAAAGGCAGAUUUCCUCUGGGGCAAUUAUUCUGUCCAACCUCUGAAUAAAAAUAAAUAACAAAUCUUAAA